AUGUGUGAUUUGGUCGCGCGUACGGGUCGGCUCCAGCAGCGGUACGAGGAUGGCUCACGUCUCGUAGCUGGGUGUAUUCCGUUUAGGUAUAUAAACUCUGAAGGAAAUGGUAAGUCUGACUCUGGGAAAAUUGUUCAAGUGUUGAUGAUCAGCUCAUCUAGUGGACCGGGACUUUUGUUUCCCAAGGGAGGAUGGGAGAAUGAUGAGACAGUCAGGGAAGCUGCAGUAAGGGAAGCAGUGGAAGAAGCAGGAGUGCGUGGAGUUUUAAUGGAUUUUUUGGGAGAUUAUGAGUUCAAGAGCAAAACACACCAAGAUGAGUUUAGCCCUGAAGGUUUAUGUAAAGCAGCAAUGUAUGCAUUGUAUGUUAAGGAAGAACUAAAGACGUGGCCUGAACAAGAGACGAGAACACGGACAUGGCUGACAAUUGAAGAAGCUGUAGAGAGUUGCAGGCAUGCGUGGAUGAAGGAUGCAUUGGUGGAAGGAUUCUGUAAAUGGCAUAAGGAGAAGAUGGCUAAAGGAGAGGAGACAACAAAUGAAGAUUGA